AUGUUUUUGCACCAUUCGCUGCCACGUCUCUUGCAGGUGGCGGAGGUGCGGGAACAGCACUCUCUUUGCAGACGGAGCCCAAAGUGCAGGCUGAGGACUGUGCUGGAGCAACAACUGUCAGCCUUUCGGGAGUGGCUGAAACAAGGUUCCGUAGAUCUCGGCGCUGUGCGAUUGAGAAGAUCCCCUAUGGGAGGCCUUGGUCUCUUUGCCGCCCGCGACUUUGAGGAGGGAGAUGUGAUCUUCGAAGUGCCGCGCAAUCUGUGCAUUGAGGUGGGGACAAAAAACUUCGAUGUCAGCGACGAACCGAACGUCUUGUGGCGGGCAGCUCAGAGCUAUGACGUGGAUGCCUUCCUGGAUCCGUCGGCGAAGAAAGCGGUUCUGUCCUUAUCUCAACGCUUGCUGCUGGAGCGUCAAAAAGGCGCCGCUUCUAGCUUUGCGGAGUAUCUCGCCGUGCUGCCGGAUCCUCCGUCCUUGCAUCCCUUGCAGCUCCGAUGGCCCAAAGAGCUGGUCGUUGGCAGCGCGCUGUUGUCGCGAAUGCACAGCACCAUCCUGGAACGUGAUACCGCUUGUAUGGAGGAGCUUCUGGCCUUUGAAAGAGUCUGGAAGGGUCGUCUCUGGGCGCUGUCGUCGGUCUGGACCCGUGCGGUGCAUCUGGUGGGCGACGACUCCGAGAAGUUGGCCUUGGUGCCGUUGAUGGAUUUCAUGAACCAUUGGACUCCCGAAAGUGGCACCACUGAGACCUGGUCGUGUUUCUACGAGGUGCAACCGGACGCAAACGCAGUGGUAGUGCUGGCGGAACGGCGGAUUUCGAAAGGCGAAGAACUCACCUUACUCUACGGAGAGUUCUCAGAUGCUCAGCUGCUGUGCAACUACGGCAUCUGCCCGGACAUGCCUGGCAGGAAUGCUUGGGAUGAGGCGCCAGUGAGCAUUGGUCCAUACGUGCUAACAUCUCCAGCGACAGCCUCCGCGCCCGAGGGAUCCUUGGUGGCCGCCAGGGCUGCGUGCCUGUCGCGCCAUGGCUGGACGCUGGAGGGCUCCUUGAUUUUCACCGUGCCUCAAGAUCUUCGACCCUCAGGAGGCUUGUUGGCCUUGGCUCGUUUGCUGUCACUGGAGACGGUGGAGGAGGUAGAGGAGAUGGAAGAUCGGAUCUUCUGGAUGGAUACACCAGGUGGUGAGGCCAAAGAGCCUUUGAACCUGGCACUGGAGGAACGAGCAUGGCAGCGCAUCAUCGAGUGGCUCGAAGAGGCCUUCCAGACCUCCUCCCGUGCGGCCUCCGACGCCACGGACGCCUUUGCGCGCGCCGUUCCGCGGAGUACGGAGCGCCGGAUGGCGGAGGCGCUCAGCGCAGUGCUGCUUGGGGAAGCGACGGUGCUGGCGCGCGCCAAAGAAGCGGCCAUUGCUCGACUGCAGCGCUACCAGCGACGCCAAGGGAAGGUGCUGGGAGAAGAAGCCUGGCGCAAGAGGCAGAUGAAGAUGAAACAGGACUGGCGGGUGGAAGUGAGAGUGACGUCACCCGUCGGUGGCUUCGAAGGAUUUACCAACAGCCAAUGUGCCAAUGUGCAGAAUCAGGACAUGAAUCUCAUGGCCAUUGCAUAUCACAUGAUUUCCCCCGAGGUUUUUCGCAGGGCCAGGUAUUCCACCGAUUCCUGGUCCAAUGAGGAGAUCAUGGUGAUAUCAUCUGGAUGUGCUGCAGCUGCCAUGUUGGGAGCCUCAGUGGAGAAGACUUGCCUGCGGCACCUACAAAGCAAUUCAGCAGGUUCCAGCUGCAGCUGUACAAUUUGUGUUCAAGCUGUAGGCAUCAAGCACAGCCCCACAACACGUCAGCAAGAGGCCAUGGUCGUCCUGUCGCUGGGUGAGGAUGCUGUCCCGCAUGCACGGGCGGCUUCACCAGCGCUGAAUGCUGGAAGCGGAGGUCUCCAGAAACUCCAGAAACUUCGGCCAGGAAUCUUCCCGAAGCCCAAGGACGCCCAAGCCUCGCCGUCGGAUGGUGAAUGUUUUUUGGGGAGGAUCAUCCCCAUAGGCCCUAGGACCGAGCCUCCACCGGCCGCCAUGGCUGCGACGGCCGCGCCAACGGCUGCUCCGGUGCCGGCCACGCCGCCCGCGGAGAAGGUGUUUGCGGCGAAGGUGGAAAAGAGGGUGGAAAAGAAGGCGCAGACGUGGCGAAAUCUCGACAUGCCUCAGUCGGCGCGCGACAGCGCACCCUUGUCGCAGAAUGGGACUCCAAUGGAGAAUCCUGAAGGCCACAACACUGACGGGGCGGGCGCCAAGAUCGCACGUGCAGCGCUUCUGGAGCUGACACAGGCGCACUUCGACUGGGCGCCAGUUGCCAGCAAUUUAGAGGCUUUCCAGACGGGCAACGAGACAGCAGCCUUGCAGGCCCAGGGAGCAUCCACAGCCUUGGGUCAGCUGAUGCGAAGUCGACAAGGUCUGGAGAAUCUGUCGGGGUUUGAUGAGAAAACCAGCCGCUAUUUGCAGCAAACACUGAGCAACCUGGCAGCGUUCAACUCGCUGCACAGCGCCAUCCCACUGAACACGAUCAGCCCUGGCGUUGUGCCCGGCGCUGCCGACAGGGUGCAUUUUCCGCGGGAGGAGCAGCGGCAGCUGGUGGCCGGUGAUUGGAGGCGCAUUCAGCAACGGUCGAAGUCCUUGAAGAAGCCUGCAGGUCCUGAGCCCGUUGUGGAUGACAAGAAGGACAGGAAGGAGGCAGCGCCUAAGGCGCAGCUUCCAAAGGCGCCUCGUUUUUGGAAACUACGAGGUAGAAAUGCUUCAACUUCUGAGACCAACGAACCAACAGAAGAUGAGGAGUCGAAGGACUGUACGCGUACGUCGUACGCGAAAGCAGCGAAAAAUGCCAGUACCAUGGAGCCCCGGAGAUGGGAUUUCUCCGAGCUGGUGGUGAUGAAUGCUGGCAUCAUCGGCGCGAACAUGUGUCCCAAUGGCAGGGGGUCCUACACAAAGAUCCUCUUGAGCUUUUUUGAAGAGCUACUAGCACCGGUAGUCAAUGGCCAAGUUGGAGAGGCUGAGGUGGCUGCAGACAUCGUGGCGCUUCGCUUCUUUCGCGAAGCACAGGGUGAAGUGCAGUUCAAGGAUUUUAAAACCUCCAUGUUGGCUUCUGCUAGGGCAUUGUUGCCGGAUACUUGGGACACUACCCAUGAGACCGCUUGGAUUGCCGCGUGGGACUGCAUCGCCGAGCAAUUGGAGAGGGCCAUCCCCCUGCCUUGCAGAUACGUCAAGGCUGUGCAGCACUUCGUGGCAGGCUUGUCCAAGGAGCAACGACAUCAGCUGGGUGUCAAGACCUUUGAUCGCCUCUUUCGUGAGUCGGAGGUGUCCAGCUAUUUUAAGUCGUCCAAUAUGCGCCUGGCUUUCAUCGUGAAGCAAGCUCUAGACUAUUCUGCGAGGCUCUUCGAUGAGCCUGCGCAGAUGGUAGAGGAGAUGCAAGCACUGGGGCUGAAACACAUCAUGUUUCAGGCGCAAGCGAAGUUCUUUCAUCCAUGGGCUUCGGCCCUGGUCGCCGAAGUCCAGCAAAUCUGCCAAGACGAAGAGGUGGUUGAAGGGAUGAACUAUGCCAUGUGCAUCAUUGCGAGCAUCAUGGGCCAAGCCGUUGAGACUGGAAGCACUCCUGUCUUGCAGGCCGUGGCGAACGAUGACGUGAAGGCUCUGAAGAGGGCUCUUCAGGCAGCGCCCCGCGCUGCGCGUUUUGAAGCAGCGCUCGGCAGCGCCCAGGGACUCCGAUAA